AUGGAGUGCAUGCCACUUUCCCCAACAUCCUGCUUGUUCACGUACCUGGGGGGCCUCCUACUGCUUAAUCUGAAGGUGGGAGAGGAUGAGAUAACAUCUGAUAAAGACUACAAACAUGUUAUGAAACGGCUUCGGCAUGCACACCUUAGGCCCAGUGGCGUCUCGAUAGGUGGAGUCCAGAUUACCCCCUCAGUCCUGCGAUCCCAUCUAGAAGAGAAUGGGUGUUCAGCAAGCCAAAUCAAUAACCUGUUGAACAUUACGGACAAGCAAGAUGUAACCACAAUGUUUAACCUCAUGCAACUCAUCUGGUGGCUUCCACCACCCCUGGCUACUGCCAAUCCCAUAUUCCACAAAGCUUGCAUUGCCCUCAACCAGCACUCAAAACUCCUCCGAUAUCUCAUCCUGCCCUAUAUAGAUGUCAACAUGAGCCUUCAUGACCAGCUAAAAUAUCUCAGUGCUGCGGCGCACCUGGCAUACGUCUUUUUCACCCAAAAUAACACACGGUCGGCAUACCUCCCAUCACUGCUUUAUCGUGAUAUCCAGAUCAUGGUGAAAAACGCAUUCUUUUGUGUAGCAAAGAUGAAGCGUGACAAACCUGAUGGCGAGUUCUACUUGAUCUUGUUGGGCACCAAUCGAUUGGAAUGGAUUUUUGGACUCAUUAGAUCUCAGAAGGGGAGCGAUGUCAAUCUCCAGGGUCUAAGUGUGGCAGGAGGGAUAGAGCAGAAAGUGGACCAUCUGAAUCCAGCAUCAUGGAAGGGGGAUGUCCGCAUCUCUAGGGUACAGCUGAUGUCAGCGUGGAGGUCCGGGAGAGAACUAGUUGAACAUGACCCUGAGUUGGCAACGUUCAAACCUGCCGAAAAAUUCAAUGCAAUGGAGUCCAUUCCCAGUGCCAAUUUGCUAAACCCAUUUGGAAUGGAAGGAUAUGAAGAUCGAGAGUGCGAAGAAACUCAUGAUGGAAUGCCCCAGCAAGCCCAAUCAACACCAUCCACUCCACUCAUCCCCAACACACUGGAACUUGAGGAGCUCGUUGACAGCGACAUUGCAGAAAAACAUGGAUUGGAGAGUACAAUCGACAUGGGCAAUGGGAAGCAUGUGCACAAGGCAAAAAGACAGAAUGUCUCUUGA